AUGGCUUCUUUGCGGCGAGUCAAAGUUCUGUUGGUGUUGAACUUGAUUGCAGUGGCUGGCUUUGUCCUCUUUCUGGCCAAGUGUAGACCCAUCACUGUCAAGAGCGGGGAUUCCUUCCAUGAAAUCCAUCCCAGGGCAGAAGUGGCCAACUUGACAGCCCAUGGCAUCAGCCCUAUCCAGGAUGCAGUACUGAAAAGGCUCUCCCUUCUAGAAGAUAUAGUCUACAGGCAGCUAAAUGGUUUGUCUAAGUCGCUUGGUCUCAUUGAAGGCUACGGUGGGCGUGGUAAAGGUGGGCUUCCUGCUACCCUUUCCCCAGCAGAGGAAGAGAAAGCUAAGGGGCCACACGAGAAAUAUGGCUAUAAUUCCUACCUCAGUGAGAAAAUUUCACUGGAUCGUUCCAUACCGGAUUAUCGUCCAACCAAGUGCAAAGAGCUGAAAUAUGCAAAGGAUCUGCCCCAGAUUUCCAUUAUUUUCAUCUUUGUGAAUGAAGCGUUGUCAGUGAUCCUGCGGUCAGUGCACAGCGCUGUUAAUCACACGCCAGCCCACCUCCUGAAAGAGAUUAUCCUUGUGGACGACAAUAGCGAUGAAGAGGAAUUGAAGGCACCUCUGGAAGAGUACGUCAACAAACGAUAUCCGGGGCUCGUGAAAGUGGUGCGCAACCAGAAAAGGGAAGGCCUGAUCCGAGCUCGUAUUGAAGGUUGGAAAGCCGCUACGGGCCACAUCACUGGAUUCUUUGAUGCCCAUGUGGAAUUCACUGCUGGCUGGGCUGAGCCAGUUCUUUCGCGAAUCCAAGAAAACCGGAAAAGGGUUAUUCUUCCAUCAAUCGACAAUAUCAAGCAGGACAACUUUGAGGUGCAGCGUUAUGAGAACUCUGCCCAUGGAUACAGCUGGGAGUUAUGGUGCAUGUACAUUAGCCCUCCCAAAGACUGGUGGGAUGCUGGUGACCCUUCACUGCCAAUCAGGACACCUGCUAUGAUUGGCUGUUCAUUUGUUGUAAACAGGAAGUUCUUUGGAGAAAUAGGUCUUCUGGAUCCUGGAAUGGAUGUAUAUGGAGGAGAGAACAUAGAGCUAGGAAUUAAGGUGUGGCUGUGUGGUGGCAGCAUGGAAGUCCUGCCGUGCUCCAGAGUUGCUCACAUUGAACGCAAGAAGAAGCCCUACAACAAUAACAUUGGUUUUUACACCAAGCGGAAUGCUUUGCGAGUGGCCGAAGUGUGGAUGGACGAUUACAAGUCUCACGUUUACAUUGCAUGGAACUUGCCACUGGAGAAUCCAGGCAUUGACAUUGGGGAUGUCUCAGAGAGAAAAGCAUUAAGAAAAAGCUUAAAGUGUAAGAAUUUCCAGUGGUACCUCGACCAUGUUUACCCAGAAAUGAGGAGAUACAAUAAUACUAUUGCCUAUGGGGAGCUUCGUAACAACAAAGCAAAAGAUGUAUGCCUUGACCAGGGUCCACAGGAGAACCACACAGCAAUACUGUAUCCAUGCCACGGCUGGGGACCUCAGCUUGCCCGCUACACCAAGGAGGGAUACCUUCACUUGGGGGCCCUUGGGACCACGACUCUCUUGCCUGAUACCCGCUGCCUCGUGGAUAACAUGAAAAGCCGGCUCCCUCAGCUCCUUGAUUGUGAAAAGGUCAAGAGCAGCCUCCAUAAACGCUGGAAUUUCAUACAGAAUGGUGCGAUCCUGAAUAAGGGGACUGGGCGCUGUCUGGAAGUGGAGAACAAAGGAAUGUCCGGCAUUGAUCUAAUUCUUCGCAGCUGCACGGGACAAAGAUGGACAAUUAAAAACUUCAUCAAGUAA